AUGGCAUUUAAAGAAGAUAAGCCGUCCAGCCAUAGUCAUGGUGUGUUGGACACAUUAGGUUUGAAGGUGACCGAGGGUCACCAGGAUGUCCAGGAAGGAUUGAUGGCCGAUAACGUCGACAAUCUCCAACGUCACCUGGGUAAUCGCCAAAUUCAACUAAUUGCUAUCGGAGGUUCGAUCGGAACGGCCCUGUUCGUGAGUAUCGGAACGGGCUUGUACCAUGGUGGUCCCGGUAGUUUAUUCAUUGCCUUCAGCGUGCAGUGUAUCUUCUUGGCCAUGGUAAACAACUGCCUAGCCGAAAUGACCACUACCUUCCCCGUUAGUGGUGGUUUCAUUCGCUUGGCAGGAAAAUGGGUCGAUGAUGCGCUCGGUUUUAUGGUUGGCUGGAAUUUCUUCUUUUAUGAGGCUCUUUUGAUUCCAUUCGAAAUUUCGGCUUUUACUCUGGUCGUGUCUUUUUGGUCUGACAAGGUCACAGAGCCUGGCCCUGUAGCCGGUAUCUGUGCAGCGAUCAUCAUCUGUUAUGGUGCCCUCAAUGUCUUGGCUGUCAAAGCUUACGGUGAAGCUGAAUUUUGGCUUUCGGGGGGCAAGGUGAUCUUGAUCUUUGCACUAUUCUUCUUCACCUUCAUCACAAUGGUUGGUGGAAACCCAGCCCAUGAUGCGUACGGCUUCCGGUACUGGAACAAUCCUGGCUCUUUCAUGGAGUAUCUGGAUGUUGGUACGCUGGGUCGUUUUGAAGGGUUCUUAGGAUCUCUCUGGUCCGCCUCUUUUGCCGUGGUUGGUCCCGAGUAUAUCUCGAUGGUGGCAGCCGAAGCCAAGCGCCCCCGGCUUUAUAUCAAAGCAGCUUUUAAGACAGUCUACCUUCGCUUUGGUCUCUUCUUCAUGGGUGGUGCCCUUGCCGUUGGUAUCGUCUGUUCUUGCAGAGAUCCGGCAUUGACGGCCGUCGUUGCCGGUACGACAUCUGGUUCAACUGCUGCGGCGUCGCCAUAUGUUAUUGGCAUGCGAAACCUCGGGAUUACAAUUUUUCCUUCAAUUAUCAACGCUCUCCUUUUGACCUCUAUAUUUUCCGCGGGCAAUACGUACACUUACUGCGCUAUCCGUACCCUCUACAGUUUGGCGCUCGAGGGCCGAGCUCCUAGGUUUCUUACAUACACCACACGCAAGGGUGUUCCGAUCUACUGCUUCGUCAUUGUGAUGAUCUUCCCAUUGCUGUCUUUCUUGCAAUGUUCCAGCAGCUCUGCCACUGUGAUUACCUGGUUUGCUGAACUUGUCACUGCUGGAGGACUUAUCAACUACAUCACUAUCUGUAUUACCUUCAUCUGCUAUCACCGCGCCUGUAAAGUACAGGGCGUGGACCGCAGAAGUUUUGCAUACUUCGGACGCUUCCAGCCAUACUCCGCCUACUUGGCACUGGUCUGGAUGGUACUCGUCACCAUCUUCUACGGCUAUCCCGCGUUUAAGCCUUGGUCGGUGUCCAACUUCUGGGCCAAUUACACCAUGCAAAUCGUGAUUCCCUGUCUCUUCGUCCUAUGGAAAAUUUUCAAACGGACCAAGUUCGUCAGAUCUCGCGAGGUUGAUCUGGUGUGGGAACGACCUUUGAUCGAUGCGUAUGAAGCCAGUUUCAUGGACUCCCCGAUAGGCUUUUGGAGGGAAGUGGGUCAGGUAUUCGGACUUGGACGGGUCAAGGGUGGUAAUGACAAACGCCGACACUCCGUCGCUCUUCCUAGUGGAAACGAGGGUAUCGAGGAGGGGGCACUGGCUUGA